AUGGGAUCUCUACACAAAGAAAACGGUCUUUCACCUGCAUUCUCCUCAGUGCGGACAAAGCUGGCUCAAAACCAAGGCCGAAUCACCCUCUGUGAAUCUCACGAUGGCAACUCAACCGAGAUCAUCAGAAGUGCCGUCGGCAAGAAAGGCCAGCGCUUCGAUGGCAUCUGGUACAGUGGUCUCUGCCAGACUACCUACCUCGGCAUCCCAGACAGCGAGACCGUCUCACCUCUGCAGAGGGCGUCACUGCUUGCUCUGGAUGGAGAGUUGAAGCGCAAAACAAGCAAUCGCUCACUUUGCGCUGCGUUUGACGCAGACAGUGGUGGCGAUAUUGCUGAGAUUCCCGCUUUGGUUGCACUACUUAACCUUGUGGGAGUUGGCAUGAUUGUCAUCGAAGACAAGGCCGUUUCAGCUCCUGGCCAGAAAGUCAACUCUCUUGCCACGACAUCUGCCUCCCAGGCUCUGGCGGACCCUGACGAAUUCGCUGAAGUGAUUCGCGCCUUCAAGGCCGUCACUACCAAGAGUAGCCCCAUGGUCACUGCGCGUAUCGAGUCAUUCUGCUGCAGAGUCGCAAAGUCUGACCCAGAAGAGGAGAAGAGGUCUUAUGAAGCCUCCCACCAGGAUGCCAUAAUGCGAGCAAAGGUGUACCACGAGGCGGGAGUCGAUGCCAUCAUGAUUCACUCCAAGAGCAAAUCCCCAGAUGAAGUUCUCCGGUUCUUGCGCGAAUACCGCGAGUUCGACCACAGCACGCCUCUUGUCGUCGUUCCCACUGCCUACUCCAAGACCCCCAAGGUCGACCUCUACGAAGCUGGCGCCAACGUGAUCAUCUACGCCAACCACCUGAUGCGCGCCAAGAUCAACGCCGUGGGAUCCAUCUCUGACAAGAUCCUCUCCAAGAACACGGAUCUGUUCUACAAUGACGAUGAGGCGCGAGCCAUGAUCAAGGCGCGUAACUACGGAUGCCUUCUGCGGAAGCUCAAGAGCAACAGCGUCUGGGGAGAUGAGAGCAAUGAGGCCAGGAUGUACAGGAUUGUUGCCGAGGCUACUGCGUCUGAGAGUAUUCAGGCUACGGUUCUUGAUCUGCUGGAGGGUGACUUGGCGGGAUGUGAAGCUGAUGCAAGGAUUAUCACUGUGAAGGAGUUGUUGUCGAUCAAUGCGAAGCAGGUUGUCUCUGUGGCAGAUCUUGUUGGCCAGGCAGAUUUCUUUUGA